AUGUCUGUUAGAAGAUUUUACACUGGGGUCACUGAGUUAGGAAAUUAUGUCACCUAUUUAACAGAUGACAUCAUUGAAUUUGACCUCCAGUGGAUGUUAAUUCAUUGUGAUCCUCUGAGACCUGAGAGAGAGUCCUGCACAGAGCUAGAGGCCAAGAGAGCGGUCACCCAGGUCAUGAUCCAGAGAGGGCCCCCGGGACCCCCUGGACCAGAAGGUCCUCCCGGACCACCCGGUGUUCCUGGCAUAGAUGGCAUUGAUGGAGACAGGGGUCCAGAUGGUCCUCCAGGCCCUCCAGGUGCAGAUGGGGAUUCAGGCAAACCAGGAUCUCCCGGGUUACCAGGCGAGCCAGGAGCCGAUGGGCUGACUGGACCUGAAGGAAAUGCUGGGCCUCCUGGAUCAAGAGGUCAAAAGGGUGAGCCUGGAUUGCCAGGUUCGCGCGGUUUGUCGGGCGGAGGAGUUUCAGGGCCACGGGGAUCACCUGGUCCCUCUGGGCUUCCAGGAGAAUUGGGUCGGUCGGGUCCAGUGGGUGAUGCUGGUGGACGAGGACUUCCAGGACCACCAGGGCCACCGGGACCACCAGGGACAGUUGCUCUGCCCGAAGGAGAUCCCCUGUGCCCUAAUUCAUGCCCACCAGGCCGUCCAGGAUAUCCAGGUUUGGCUGGAAUGAAGGGCCACAAAGGUGUCAAGGGAGAAGCUGGCGAACCAGGAAAACAAGGUCAUAAGGGAGAAGAAGGUGAACAAGGAGAAAUUGGUGAAAUUGGUUCCCAAGGACCUCCAGGACCACAAGGCUUAAGAGGAAUUACUGGCAUAAUCGGACUAAAAGGAAGCAAGGGUGCUCGUGCAGUUGACGGAGAGCCUGGUCCUCGAGGGGUUGCUGGAGCUGCUGGUGACCAAGGUCAGAGAGGCUCACUAGGAGAAGCUGGACCAAAAGGCGAUAGGGGAACUGUUGGACCCAGAGGAAUCACUGGAAUGCCAGGCUCAAAGGGAGAAUCGGGAUUGCCAGGCGUUGAUGGCCGUGAUGGAAUCCCUGGAAUGCCAGGAUCAAAGGGUGACUCUGCAGAACCUGGAGCCCCAGGAGAAGCAGGUCUUCAAGGAUUGCCAGGUUUGCCAGGCAAUCAGGGAGCAAAAGGAGUAGCUGGAGAGAAGGGAAACAGUGGUGCCCCAGGUGUAGCUGGAUUAAUGGGAAAAUCUGGUAAACCUGGUGAUCAAGGACCUCAAGGGGAAGUUGGCCCAAGAGGACCUGUUGGACCUUCAGGUGACAGAGGAGAAGCAGGUCCCGUAGGCCCACCCGGAGCACCUGGAAAACAAGGUCCACGAGGUGAUCCUGGCUUUUUAGGUCUGCCUGGUCCCCCUGGUCUUCCAGGACUUAAAGGUGACAGGGGUGGUGUCGGGGAGACUGGACCUAAAGGAGAGCAGGGUGGUGCCGGAGAAGAGGGAUUUGGCGGAGAAAAAGGUGAACAGGGUGAAAUUGGAAAUCCAGGCCCCAAGGGAACGACUGGAAGCCCCGGAGAGCCCGGUAAUCGUGGCCCAGAAGGAGGUCGUGGUCUGCCAGGUGUAGAAGGUCCUCAAGGUUCUUCUGGUCCUCGUGGUAUGCAAGGUGAACAUGGUGCACCUGGUUUACCAGGAAGUCAGGGCCCAGCAGGUAGAGAACCAACAGAUCAGCACAUUAAGCAAGUCUGCAUGAGAGUUUUGCAAGAACAGUUAGCAAACUUGGCGGCUAGUCUACGAAGGCCAGAAUCUGGAGCAGCUGGUUUACCAGGACGACCGGGUGCACCAGGACCACCUGGAUCACCAGGAGAUAAUGGUGUUCCUGGACAUGUUGGAGCAAGAGGACUUCCUGGGUUGAAAGGGCCUCCUGGAGAAAUUGGUCUUAAAGGUCCAAAAGGUGAUGCUGGUGAAAGAGGAGAGAGAGGACUACCAGGCAGAGGUCCAAAAGGAUUGCCAGGAAUGCAAGGACUUACAGGUGAACCAGGAAAGCCAAGUUAUGGACGAGAUGGUCGUGAUGGAGAGAGAGGGCCACCUGGCCCUGCUGGGCAACCUGGAAUUCCAGGACCACCAGGUCCUGCUGGCCAUGCUGGAUACUGUGAUCCUUCCUCUUGCAGCCUUCAGGCCAUUGCUGCUCCCCAGUCUGCUAAAGAUUCCAACAUGAAAGGGCCUUGAACAGCUAAUGCCAUGUUACUGUCUGCAAGUGCAACCAACGUCAAAAAAUGGAUUCAACAAGAGAGAGGAUAAUCAAGGCUCUUUUGAAUUCUGGAUGGCAGGCAUUAACAAACUGUGACAUUUAUAAUUUAAGAGAAAUUACUACCAAAAUUGGGAAAAAAGAUGGUGCUCAAAAUACUCAGUGAAGACCUCCAUAAACAGCUCUAAUAAAACAAGAAAUAUAUAAUUUUAAUACAUUUAAUUUGCCACUUCCAGGGUAUGCAGGUGAUUCCAUGGAUGAAGAAAUGCCUUGUAUUUACCUCAAGUUUUAAUAACCAUCAUAGUUACUGUCUAUAGCCCAACUGACUACAUAAAAGGUAUAUAACAGUGACAUAAGGUAUACAUUUAUAAAAUGCAUCAUCAGCUUCAAAUAUGAAUGCAGUUGACGUGUAUGAGCCCAGACCAAAUGGUAACCAGGCAAUGAAACUACACCUUCAUCUAUGGUCAAUCCAUUGUGCGAUUUUUAUAUCCGUUCACUGUAUAUCCAUGGAGGGAAAUGGUUCCUGUACAAAAUGUGGUACACUGAGUACAUGACAUGUGCUGUAAAUCUCUGUAAAUGUGCUAUGGGUAACUCUGACAACCAGUGUGCCUUCAACAUACAUUGUAAUUAAAGAAAACUUUAAUCUUAUGUUCUUUUUAAGCAUUGUGCGUAUGAGCGUUUAUUAUCUGACUUCGUCUCUAUGCGACAUCAGCUCCUCAAUGUGAUGAAAGCAAUGGCAGAUUUUAAUAUCCAGAAAUAAAAUAGUUUUAUAACUGAGAUUAUAUUUAUUUUCAUGUGGCAUCUCUGGUUGUUUGA